GCAACUCAAGGUGCAAACAUCACUUUUCCCACUGCAAACCGAGAUAAAUAUAGAGCACUAGUAGCGAUGUCGCAUAGAGAAAAUAGAGAAAAAAAAUAGUUAAUAGGCGGUAGAGGCAGGAGGGAGCUUUUGUCAACCCAAGAAAGCGGAAACAGACGCAUCACAAUCACACAAACACCCCCUCAAAUAAAACUGAAGAGACAGUUCCUUCUCCUCUCCCUGCUCCUCCAAGCCCUUCCGCGAAAAUAAAUAGCAGCGAGCAAAGAAGAAGACAGCCUCGCUCCCUGUCCCAUUAGCAAGUUCAUUAUAAAUAUAAAAAAACCCCAGCAACGCACUUCUAUAAACAAACAAACAAGAAGCAUUUAACUCCCUCUCUGUCUAUCCAUAAUGGAUCACUCACAAUGGAGGAACCAGCAGCAGCCCCCUGCAGAAGACCAAACACUGCACUCACCUGAGCCCAACACCAAGUGGACCACUUGUAGAAUGGGGAGUUUGUUCAGUUUGGCACAAUGGCAGGAGCUGGAGCUUCAAGCUUUGAUUUACAAGUAUAUGUUGGCUGGGGCUUCCGUGCCUUUGGACCUCAUCCUUCCUUUGAAAAGGAGCCUUGUUAGUUCAUCACCUUACUACCAUUAUCAGCAUUUUCAGCCAUCAAUGCUACAGACAGGAUACUGGGGGAGAUCCCUGGUCGAUCCCGAGCCGUGGAGGUGCAGGAGAACAGACGGGAAGAAGUGGCGGUGCUCGAGGGAGGUGGUCGCAGGCCAGAAAUACUGCGAGCGUCACGUGCACAGGGGCCGCAACCGUUCAAGAAAGCAUGUGGAAGCCCCCACAUCUAAGGGCGGUGGUGGUUUCAAAGCAGCAACUCUUUCAGUUCUAGAGGAAAAGAAACAGGCCCAUUUCACUCUAUCAGGCCCAUCACCUACUCGGAGGCCCCCAGAUAGUAAAUCAACGGACGGUCGAGUUCUGAUGAGAUUCUUCGAUGAUUGGCCAAGGUCAGAGCAGGAUCAUAAUAACAAUGAGAGCUCUGUUGCAUCCGAUACCCACCUCUCUAUAUCAGUUCCUGAGAGUUCGUCGUCUGAUUUUUCGCUGAAACUAUCGACUGGAAACACUGACAGCCUGGGAUUGAACAGUGAGAAGCCGCUUCUAGCUAAUUGGUCUGGGUGGGAUAAUAAUGGGGAGGCUUCGAUGGGAGGUCCCCUUGCGGAAGCGCUCCGUUCAUCUACCUCCACUACUUCGCCGACCAGUGUGUUGCGAAAGCUUAACGGAUCAGUUUCCGAAGCUAGUAGUGCUAGUACCUGAACUGCUUAUAGUUCCUAAAGUUUGCCUGGCGUUCUUAGGCUGUGAAAAAUAUCUUCGUUUUGCAGUGCUUUUAAUGAUUUAGGAUCUAUAGAGGUUGGUUGUUUCUGUAUGAAUUCGAAGUUAGGUCCUGGACCACCGUGUGCAAUGUGUGUAAUGUUCUGUAAAAUGUCAAAAAAGUAUCAUUCUGCUUAUUUGCAUAUGUUAAAAAAAGUGUUCUUCAGAGGAUAUUGAGCCUUGCUUGUUAGCUA